AUGGCAUACACCAUGGUGGAUCUGUGCUGGAAGCUGUCUGUCUGCUUUUUUUGCUGUCAUGUUGUCUCGGGAAGAGUUAAGAGGGAAGGGCAUUACGUUGCUGCCGUGUAUGAGCACGAGUCCAUACUGAGUCCUAACCCAACAGCCCUGGUUGAUCGACAGUCUGCGCUGGAACUCAUGGGCAGAAACCUAGACAUCUAUGAACAGCAAGUAGUGGCUGCUGCAAGACAGGGAGCACAGAUCAUUGUUUUUCCUGAAGAUGGAAUCCAUGGCUUCAACUUCACCAGAAGCUCCAUUUAUCCUUACUUAGAUUUCGUUCUGUAUUCACACUCCGUGAAGUGGAAUCCAUGCAGAGAACCGUAUUUGUUCAAUGACACAGAGGUUCUUCAGCGUCUGAGCUGCAUGGCGCUGAAGAACAAAAUAUUCCUUGUAGCAAACUUAGGAACUAAGCAACCCUGUGAGCACACUGAUCCUCACUGUCCAUCGGAUGGAAGAUACCAGUUCAAUACCAACGUGGCAUUCAGUGAUGACGGUGCGCUGGUAGCCACGUAUCGCAAACACAAUCUGUAUUUUGAAUACGCUUUUGAUACCCCUCCAGAGCCUGACUACAUACUCUUUGAUACCCCUUUUGCUGGCAAGUUUGGCAUGUUCACUUGCUUUGACAUACUCUUUUUUGAGCCUGCAGUGAACCUCAUCAGACAAUACAAUUUGAAACAAGUUGUAUAUCCGACUGCCUGGAUGAACCAGCUCCCGCUCCUGUCUGCUGUAGAAUUUCAACAAGCUUUUGCAACAGCUUUCAACAUCAAUAUUUUAGCAGCUAAUAUCCACCACCCUACCUUAGGCAUGACUGGGAGUGGUAUAUACACUCCUGUCAAGUCAUUCAUCUACCACAACAUGGAAGGUUACGGUGGCAAGCUCAUAGUAGCAGAAAUUCCUGUGAUUACCACGGAUUACAAAACCAAUUUGGAGAGUAAUGAAAGAUUCAGAGAGAACUUACAUCACUCGUGCAAGACUUUUACAAGUGCCCCAAUGGAUGAUCAAGUUUGCUUUAAGGAGGAACAAGAGAUACCCGGCAGAGUUUCAGAAAAAGGAAAUGAACGGUUACCUCCCCUAUUUUAUGCAGAAAUGAUGUAUGACAACUAUACUUUCGUUCCUGUAUGGGGGGAAACAGGAGAGCUCCAGGUUUGUGCCAAUACCCUUUGUUGUUACUUAAAUUAUCGGAGAGCUGUUUUAACCGAUGAAUUAUAUGCUUUGGGAGUUUUUGAUGGGCUCCAUACAGUGCAUGGCACAUACUACGUCCAGGCCUGUGCAUUAGUAAAGUGUGGUGGUCUCAGCUUUAGCACUUGUGGACAGGAGGUUACAGAUGCCACUGCUCUGAUAGAUUUCCAGCUAUGGGGAAAUAUGAGUACCCCUUAUAUCUUUCCUUUACUGCUGACAUCUGGUAUUACCUUGGACUUUGCUGAUCACAUGGGCUGGAAAAACAACCACUAUUUCAUAAGCAAAAAUAGAACAUCUUCUGGCCUACUGACAGCUGCUCUAUAUGGACGAUGGUACGAAAAGGACUAGCACAGAUACUUGACUGAACCAGAAAACAACUGCCCAUAUUUUCAGAGUAUGUAUCUUAACAGAAGUUGUUGAACAUCUGUACUGCCUGGAGCUUCAGGUAUGUUUGUUACAUGACUGACUGAUUAGAUUCCACAUUUGAAAUGAUAAGCAAAGCACUUAACCUAAGAGGCUUUCAGUACAGUCUGUAUCUUGGUAGCUUAUGUCCUACCAGAAGUAAAAGAACUGCCUUGCAAAGAUAAAGGCUUGUGUUGAGAUGUUUUAUAUUGGGAAGAUAAUAUUUCUCAUUUCAACUGAAUUUGUUCCUUUUAAUUUAAUCCUUUGGUUUUCUGGGGUCCUGGCUAGGAGUAUGGAAAUGAAUGCAAUGGAAAACCAUUGCAAAAGGAGAAAAAAUAGGGAAAGGAACGAAGACACAAAUACCGUGCAUGAUAUGCAUGAAAAUACAUCUUUAAACAUACAUAUAGCUUGUAUAUGGUGCGGUUCUGAUUUUUGGUUAAGGUGCCGUGAUUUAUUUUUUUUCUUAAGAGUCAAAAACUCCCAGCUGAAAUCAUUACCAUUUGCUGGCCACUCAGUUGUGUGUAAUCCCGUUAGAAAGCUCAGUGAGUUUUCUCAUAUACUUUCUCAUACUUAUAUACAGUAACUGAAUGUUACAGUUGUGAACAUCUACGAAACAGCUAGUCUGGGGAAGAGGAUAUCAAAUGAUUGUGAAAAACUAGACUGCAUUAAGACAUAAUUUCCAGCCUACUGUGCAAGGAAUUGUGUUUAAAGAAAACGUCGGCAGUGAAUAUCAACGACUAUGUUAUGUACUGUUUAAGUACUUUAACUUUCCACGUUUAAAAGAGAAGUCAUUUCAAGACUCUUGACUUUAAGACAUCUUACACAUUGUUCAUAAAUUAAUUCAACAAGAGCUAUGAAAAGCACAUCAUGAAUUGUGGGACAGCAAGGUUUUUACAUAAAUACUUCGUGUGCCAGAUGGCAGGUUCCUGCUGCUAAAUGAGUAAAACACACCAUUGUUUCUAGAGCAAUAACUAGAGUAAGUGCUAUAAAUACUGUACUGCAGUGACAAACUGUUCUACUGCAGUGAAGAGGUUGGGAAGAGAAUAUUCAAAGGAUAUUAAUUUGGGGUUAAAUUCAGAGAAGAUAAUUUAUUCUCAAGUGUUAUAAUUUUGUGUGGUCUUACUGGCUGUUAUGACUUCAUCUGCAUAAUAGCUGUUAUGGAAUAAACACAACCGUUC